AUGAAGAAGGACGAGGACCCGGCCUACUACUCCAACGACGAGGACGAAAAGCCCAAGCCGGCCGGCAGGGAGAAGCCUGCCUACGCCAGCGCCAGCCUCACCGGCUGGAAGGACCUCAUGCUCAAGCCCUAACUCAUGAAGGCCAUCGAAAAGGCGGGCUUUGAGCACCCCUCCGAGGUCCAGCAGGAGUGCAUCCCCUACGCCGUGGAGGGGGCGGACAUCAUCUGCCAGGCCAAGAGCGGGAUGGGCAAGACGGCGGUGUUCGCGCUGUCGAUCCUGAACCAGAUGGCGGGCAAGGAGGAGGAGGACAAGCCGGCCAAGGAGUGCUCGUGCAUUGUGGUCAGCCACACCCGGGAGCUGGCCUACCAGAUCCUGAAGGACUUCAGGCGGUUCGGGCAGUUCAUCAGCAAGGUGAACUACGUGGUGGUCUACGGAGGCGUGCCCAUCGAGGAGGACAUCGCCACCUUCGAGAAGUUGAAGCCCCAGGUGGUGGUGGGGACGCCGGGCCGGCUGACGGCCCUGGCGGAGAAGAAGAAGCUGCGGCUGGAGAACGUGAAGUUCUUCGUGGUGGACGAGUGCGACAAGGUGCUGAGCAACCAGAAGAUGCGGCUGGACGUGCAGUCGGUGUUCCUGAAGACGCCGAAGCAGAAGCAGGUGAUGAUGUUCUCGGCCACCCUCAACGAGGAGAUCAAGAAAGGUGCGGGGCUGCCAGACUGCCGACUGUUCCUGAACGAGCCGAUGGAGAUCUUCAUCGACGAGAGCAAGCUGAUCCUGCACGGACUGCUGCAGUACUACGUCUACCUGGAAGAAGUGCGACGUGACCAGCGCAAGAAGUUCGACAAACUGAUCCACAUGCUGGACCACCUGACCUUCAAUCAGGUGGUGGUGUUCGUGAACAAGGUGGAACGCGCCAUCAUGCUCACCGAGCUGCUCAAGAAGCGCAGCUUCAACCCCAUCUGCAUCCACCGCAAGCUGGAGCAGGAGCAGCGCAUCAAGAACUACGACCGCUUCAAGAGCGGCGAGUCCCGGCUUCUUGUCGCAACCGACGUCUUCGGACGCGGUAUGGACAUUGAACGCGUCGACUUUGUCGUCAACUUUGGUAUCUGGCCCUGACCCGACUUCCCCUAAGACCGCGACACGUACCUGCACCGAGUGGGGCGGGCCGGACGCUUCGGCACCAAAGGCCUGGCCAUCAACUUCGUGAGGUCCAACGACGACGAGCCCGCAGCCACCGAGGAGAAGCGCAUGACCGACAAGGAGGUGCUCGAAACCAUCCAGGAGGGCUUCAAGAUCAAGAUCUCGCCCAUGCCCGCAGCCCUGCUCGAAAAAUGA